AUGCCCUCAAUCCUUAGCGACGCCGACAAGGAGACGGUCAAGCGCCACGUACCCAAGCCCGCCAACAAGAUUCUUGCCGUGGGUGUCGCGCGACUCUAUGUUGCCUACCCCGAUGGCCAAAGAUGGACCUACACCGGGAUUCAAGGGGCCGCAGUCCUCUGUAAUGAUCUCGUAGGGCGGACAUUCUGGCUCAAAAUGGUGGAUGUCUCGCCGGCUGGAAGGGGCGUAAUCUGGGACCAGGAAAUCUACGAUAACUUCGCCUACAACCAGGAUCGCACGUUUUUCCAUACCUUUGAACUCGAAGACUGCCCCGCCGGCCUCUCCUUUGUCGACGAGAAGGAGGCCAAGACCUUCAUCAAGAAGAUGCACGAGCGCGAGAAACAUGCAAGCAAAGAGACCACCAAGACGCCUUUCGCAUCUUCUAGAGGCCAAGGACCGGCCCCUGUCGCGAAUGGCAAAGUAGGUCGGUCGUUGUUCGGUAGCUUGUUGCAUCGUUCGAGCCCAGCUCCAAGUGCGCCGCCUCCAACCGCACCGGCACCUUCAAUACAGGUUGCACCCCCGCCAACGCUCUCUCCCAGUGCGCCGCCAGCGCCGCCAGCAAAGGCCGAUUUACCGUUCGACACUAGCGACCCAUCUUGGAAGGGACUGCUGGACGAGCUCAAAGGCAUGGGAAUCACCGAAGAUCAGAUCGCCGAGAACUCCGAGUUCAUCAAAGCUUGGAUUGACCAGAAGCAGGCGGCCGCGGCUGAGUCUGCUCCUGCGGAGGGCUUGAAUAAGCCUAAGACCGCUCCUCCGCCACCACCGCCUGCCCCCAAGGUGCAAUCAAUCAGCCCUCAAGAUACCGGUUCAAGCUCAACAAGCCGUCGAGGGCCUCCACCCCCGCCUCCGUCGCGGAAGACACGUACGGAAGCACCAGAAGAACGGGUGUCGACACCUCCGCCCCGUGAACCCUCUCCGCCCGCACGGAGAUUCCACGCGCCGCCUCCAAUUGCGGAUGCUGGCAAGUUUGCUGAACCAGCCGGUCCUGUGCCUCCUCGACGUCCACGUGCAACUUCUAACGUCAAUGCUGGACCUGGACCUGGACCUCCACCGCCGCCUCGGCCACCAAAGACUCCCAUGGAAGAUGGCCAGGCUAGCUCGUCUCGAUUCGGAGUACCGCCUCCUUUCUCUGGUGAUCGAAAGGUGUCUGCGCCGCCGGCACCUCCAAGUCGUAGCCCUAUACCUGGCGGACCCCCACCCCCGCCGCCUCGUACAGCAAGCCCAGCAGCACCGCCUCAGCUGCCUCCCAAGCUUCCUCCAAUGCCCACCUCUGGCGGACCACCACCACCUCCCGCCAGAGGACCAAUUUCCCCUCCACCUCCUCCGCCUCCAGCGGCCCGACCUGUGCCAGCUGCACCCUCCCCUGCUGCGGCCCCUCCACCACCACCGCGGAGCCCGGCUUUACCUCCCCCAGUCCCGCCAACCGCUUCUCCAGGUCUUCCUCCACCCCCGCCACCUCCACCACCCGGCUCUUCUGCCCCCGGCGGUCUCCCACCCCCACCUCCUCCCCCAGGCCGCGGUCCAUCAAUGCCACCCCCUCCUCCAGCGCCUGGCUCGAGAGCACCUGGAGGACCACCCCCGCCCCCUCCACCACCUGGUGCGUCUGGCGGUGGUCUUCCCCCUCCCCCUCCUCCCCCUGGCGGUGGUGCUCCCCCUCCCCCUCCUCCACCCGGAGGCGCUGCGCCUCCCCUGCCCAAGGCUGGUGGUGGACAUGACAACCUUUUGGCAUCCAUCCGAGCAUCUGGCGGUCAUAGCGGUGGUGGACUUCGCAAGGUCAAGGACUCAGACAAGAAAGACCGCAGCGGCGCUAUGGUACCUGGCGGUGCCAACGAGUCAGCCGCAACCCCUAGCUCCGGAGGUGCCCCGCAAGGUGGCUUGGCCGGUGCCUUGCAAGAUGCUCUCAACAAGCGGAAACAGAGAGUCAGUGGAAGUGAUGACGAGAAAGACAACGACGACGAUUGGUGA